AUGUCGAAGCGUAAAGACGCCCCGAAUGCAGCUUCCGGAAAACUUACUCGCAAAGCCAAUGGAGACCACGGCGGCGCCUUCAACACCGGGCGCGUCGUCCCCAAACGCACAAAAUUCCUCGAUGCACGCCAGAUUGCGGCACAGCCAGCGGACGAUGCGCUCAAAGACGGGGAGCUCGACCUCCAAGCCUUCUUGGCCGCUAGACAGUUCGAGAUCGACGCGCUCGAGGACAGCAUGCGGCGGACAAAGGAGGCGAGCAGCAGCCGGGCUUUCCAGAGGCUCCCGCGGAAGAAGGCGAAGGCGGGCGCGGAUUCCAUGGAUGUGGAUGGCGGUGAUAAACUCCCCGUGAAGGCUACCAUCACGACGAGGCCUGCGAGACCCAAACUCCGGCGGAAUACACUCAAUGUUCCUCUCCCCGUCAAGUCCAAGUUUAAGAAGCGCCAAAUCACAAAGACGUGGCUUCCGACCCAUGUCUGGCACGCAAAACGAGCUCGCAUGACGGAGCCCAAGAACCCUCUCUGGAGGUUUGCCGUGCCAUUAACCCCCAACGAGAAGACAUACCGCCCCACCCAUCGCGCUCAAGGCGAGAGCGGAGCCCUAGUCUGGGAUGUCAGCUAUACUAGUACCAUUGGGUUAUAUGGAAAUGUGGCUGGUAUCGAGAGGAGGAAGCGGCGGGAAGUUUUCCUACGAGUGCAUCCGUCUGCAUUUCUCGAACUCUUUGAUGAGCUCCUCCGGCUUAUCAAGAUGGAGACUCCGAGGCUCUACAUCGAGGAUCUGCGCUUCGAAGUUGGAAGCAUCGAGUUUACUGGGCCAGCCUCGACCGAAGUUUUGUCCGGCGUCCUCGUUCCUUACACAAGGGAUGGCAAGCCCAUGGAGUCUCAUGGGAAGCUGUUCAAAGCCCUUACCGGCCUUACGAAUCCGGCGUCGUUACCUGCAAACUCUGUCCUUGGUUUCUCCGUCCAGGAUCCAAGGCUGCAGUACCCAGCUCGAACCGUCAACCUACAAAACGUAGUAGCAGAUGAAUUACUAAAUACCCUGGCUAGUUGGCCUGCGGAAGACGGUCUUCAACCCUAUCAAUUAUGGAGUCGAGACGCCCGAAAUGAAGGAUCCCAUUUGCCCUCCAAGAGGGCUAUCGAUCGCAGGAAAACGAACAAAACCCCUGGCGCCUAUCUCAAAGCUACCGCCGUCGAUCCCCCGAUCCCUAUCAUUUUACUAGCCCAACGCUGCGGCGUGGGAAGGCAGGCACAGGGCACCUGGACGCUCCUCGCCCCGUGGAAAUGCAUACAACCCUUAUGGUAUAGCAUUGUUCACUAUCCACUCUAUUCGGGUGGGAACCCGAGGCUCGGUGGGCUUCGCGAAAUGCAGCAGGUGGCCUUUGAGAGGGAUCAGCCUUGGUUCCCUGCUGACUACAUCAACACCAAUGCCGCGGCCAAAGGCAAGAGGACGGCCUGGGAAUCCGUCGAGCUUGGCGCGAGUCGCAAGGGAGAGGUUGGAAACGGGCUACAUUGUGAUUUUGAGCUGUUACUUGAGACGGGUCUCAAUGGCGAAAGCCACAUGGAUGCCACAACGAAUGGCAAGCCAUCGUCUUCGGCCGAUGCCAUGGAUGUGGACGAAAGCUCGGGGGCAGAUGCAACCAAUGUCGUUAACAGCCCACAGGGUUUGACGAAUAUCUCCCGGCUUUCCAAGGCCCAAUUAAACGACCUUGUGACGGCAAAGAGCCUGUCUUCGCCCCCGAGGACCGUUGUUCAAGUGCGCCUGGCAUUUGUAGGCAAGGGUGUGGCAACCACAUGUGCCCGCAUCUACCGGUUGCCCGCGCGUCGGGCGCCGGAGUCCGCAGACCCUGGUGUGGUCGUCCCAGCCACCCAACAGGCAACAUUGAGACCCCGCGCCGAAAAGGCACCCUGCCCGCAGACUUGCGCGAGCAGUGGCUCGCCUUUCUCCCUGGCGCCAAGGCAUCUGGGAAACCGGCGAGCCGUACGACAACCGCCCAGUAUCCCCGACCUGAUCGGCUUUGUGACCACGGGCGCCUUUUCUCUGAGCGAGGGCAAGGGCGUGGCAAUCGGGUCUAUCGCCGUGGGCAAGGUUCUCGGCGAGCUGCGAGGCGGCCAUGCGAAGGAGGGGACGCUGUGUGUGAUUCGCAACCCUGGCGAGAGCGUGGGUAGGUUGGCCAGGUGGGAGGUGAUCUGA